CUUCUCUGCAUCGGCGGCAAGCGUCUGCCUCAGUGACGACGGCAGCUCCGAUGACGAGUUCUUCCGUCUUUUCAUUCUCCCCUCUUCAGUCCAAAAGCGCAGACCUAAGUAUGGAGGGUCGAGCGCAGGAAAACGCGCAGAAAAAGCUCGAGAUCGCGCCGAAUUGGGAGCCAGACGGAUGGCCGAUUACUUUGGACCAAACCCGACAUGAUUUUCGCCGCCGAUUUCGUAUGCGUCGAAGUCUAUUCGAGACUAUUGUCAACACACUCGUAGGUGACGAGUACAGUAACUACUUCGUUCAGAGACAUGACGCUACAGGACUUCCUGGUUUCUUACCAGAGCAAAAGGUGACGUGUGCGCUGCGGAUGCUCGCGUACGGCGCAAGCGCCGACCAAAUGGAUGAGCUCAUACGGAUUGGUGAAUCAACAGCACUAGAGACUUUGAAGACAUUUUGUGGCAGUAUUAUUCGUCUGUUUGGUGAUGAAUAUCUUCGAAAACCUACACGAUUUGACAUUGAGGUGCUUUUAGACAAGAAUGCUGCUCGUGGGUUUCCUGGAAUGAUUGGACGUUUGGAUUGCAUGUAUUGGUCUUGGAAGAACUGCCCAACAGCUUGGGCAGGCGUUUACAGAGGUCUCAAUCACGUUACUUUCGCGUUAAAACCGGAGUUGAGACUUGCCGCUGGAGAUGCUCUAAGGAAGCGAAGUGACCAAUUUAAGGUAGGCUAA